AUGGCAGGUGCAAGCUUUUCAGGGUACAUCUACUGCUAUAGUCAACCGUCAUGUUCAGUGCUCUCGUUUCUGAUUAGGAUCGUUUUCAUGGGGCUCCAGGGGAUCUUAGAUCUAUCCGAGGACGAAAAUUGCUGGUUGUUGACACUUAAUAUGUCUGAUCAAGAUCUGGGGAUGUGCCUAUUCUGGAGUGUGUUACGUCCGCAUAAUGCGCUAGGACUCGGAUCGAGUGCAUAUACGGAUCACUAUAGGGGAGUAGGAAACAACGUCGUUAUUGUGGACGAUGCUUUCAGUGUUCGCGAUUGUAAAUGCUAG